GCAAACGGUCACUGCACCUUCAACUGCGACCGACUACACAUCAUGUCGAAUUUUCUUACGGAAAUCUUCUAUGUUUUGCAACCGUGGAUUCCUCAUCUUCUUUUCGUUUCAAUCGUUUUGUUUGUAUUUCAAAAGUACGGCGGUUCUCACAUUCAACCAUGGUUCUUUUCCAAAGUGUACAGUCCAUCGCUAUCCAAUUAUCACGUCAAGUUGCGCUCAAUGAAACAACAACAUUUCGAUUCGAUGAAGGAUCAGAUUUCAGCCGAUCCGAUACUAAGGAAAAAAGGCGCCCUAAGGAUACUGGAAAUCGGUCCUGGACCAGGAUUCAAUUUCGAAUUUUAUCCAGCCAAGAGUGAACUGACUGUCGUAGAAGUCAACCCGUUUUUCGAGGACCAGUUUUUCAAGAAACAAGCAGAACAUCCGCACAUCAAAAUGGAUCGUUUCGUCGUCGGAUUCGCCGAAAAUAUGAAAGGUGUUCCAGACAACAGCAUCGACAUCGUCGUAUCGACAAUGGUCCUCUGUUCCGUCCGAAGUAUUGAAGGUGCCCUGCAAGAAAUUCGUCGUGUCUUAGCUCCGGGUGGCAAAUAUUAUUAUUGGGAGCACAUUCGCGAGUAUAAAUACUUUUGGGUGCUGUUCGUCCAACAUUUGCUUUCCUACACGGUUUACGACCUAAUCUUUGGCUGCCGUUUGAACCGCAAGAGCGAUGAAGUAAUCAAAGCCAAUAAAUGCGGUUUCUCCAGUAUUGAGCAGCAACGCUUCCGCACUCCGUUGGAACCAGGUUUCGAUCAACUGUGCGUCUUUCAUAGCGCCCACGUCAAAGGAAUCGCUACCAAGUGAAAUGUAACAAAACUUUGCGCGAUUGUUGUGCCCUACUGAAUUGUAAUCACUCGUAUCAGAUCAUUGUUAAAUUAGUCUUAAACAUUAGAAAUUAUUGGUGUCCUGAAUACAACACAAUUGUAUUUCGUAUCGCAACACAAGAUUGACUAGUCGAAUUGAGUAUAGCAUUUUAUUCAUUGUCGUCAUUUUAUAUCGACGCGUAGGCUUGGCCUAUUUUACAUACAGUACCCGCCCUUAGUAUCCGAACGCUAGGGCCAUUUAACCCAGCGUCUCAUGGCGAAUGGUCUGUCGCGCGGAUAGGGAAAUCGGGUAGUAAAAAUUAAAAUAAAGCUACACAAAAAUUUUCUAGCGUUAAAUAAACAAUAAACUAUC